UGCGACAUGGUGGAAGGAGUCUCAUAAGACAUGGCCGGUCCAGGGUUCAUUUCACGCGGAUGCAUGGCCGAGUCCGGGAUCUGGUCGCCCAGAUUGAAGCCGAAAGGAGUAGUGAGUUAGAAAGUAUUGACAAAUCUGGCGAAGAUCCCGUGAUAGCAGCACUAAGGCCAUACGGAGCACCAGACGACGAUGAUGGCCCACGAGACCCUUACAACUUCCAAAAACUAUUUGGUAACACAUCGGUGACGAGUAAACACGAAGUUACCACCGACGACGUAUCGUUAGUCGAGCAUUUCAUUAACGUAGAACAUAGUUACGAUAAUAACGAUACUAAAAGUAAUUUAGAUGACAAUUCAGAUUUAAGAGAUUACAAUGGCACAGCAGAGAAUGUGACUAUAACAAGACCGGUGCAUGAAGAUGUAGUGACAAAGUUCCUAAGAUUGAUAGAGACGCAACAUUUACUUGGUGAGAAUUGUACAGCUGGGACUCAUUUGAAUUUAGGAGAAGGUGUGGUAGACAGAUACGCACAAGAAAGAUUUAGAAUAGAAGCUGAUGUGGCAGUGAAUAGAGCUAAUAUGCUAACAAGAUUAUGGAAGUACGCUGGUCCAUCAGUCAUGCACAAUGAGUAUUUACUCCACGCGAGUGUGUUCUCCAUGGUAGAAUUUGAUGAUGAUAUCUUCGCGGCUGGAAAUUGUUAUGAUCAGUUGCAAUACAAAGAUUAUCAGUUGUUCUGUCCAUUCGCGUACCGCUUGCCCGAAGGCCCGAUCCUGGCGAAGGAUUUAGCUGUAGAAUACAAAUAUUUGAGCAACACAUCGGAGUGGUUCUACAUCGCACGGAAGAACGCUGAGCGCGUGAUCAGGAACCACAAUCAGUUUAGAAGAGGGUAUAACACCUACACAUACAACGACACAGCGCACACUGAGAGAGAACCAGACGAGAUCCUAUCAGUGACGUAUGAAGAUGGAAAGUGGUCGAAACCGUACUACGACUGUGGAGGCGGCAACAUUUGGAUGCUGACAUACACCGUGCCCUUCUUCGGGUACAAUAAUGGGACUUAUUUCUUCAAGGGGACCAGUGGUAUCGACAUCGACCUUCGAAGAGUGGACAUCGAUCAAUGUCCGAUAAAACCUGGCUCAACACAGCUCAACAUUUUUGCUGGAACUGAUAAAUGCAAGAAGAAAACUACUGAGUGUGUCCCAGUGCCCGGUUUGGGGUUUCGUCGUGGUUCCUAUCGAUGUACGUGCCGCCGAGGCUUCUACUUCCCCAACACUACAGCUGACAGUCGAUUCUACAACGGCAGUGACAUUGAAGAAGAGUAUGAGAAACAUUUGCUACUCCAACCCAGUCUGUACUCUCUGCCGGACGCCUACGAGUGCCUGCCCUGUGCUGAGGGUUGUGAAGCCUGCAAUGACGGUUCUCCUUGCGUGGCUGCUCUGAACUGGGUCGUCCGAACCACCAUCUUCGCUCUGGCUUGCCUGGUCAUCUCUUGUCUACCAUUCAUCGUCUACUUCACUAUCAAGUAUGGGCAUGUCAGGGUCGUAAGGGCAGCAAGUCCAGCACUCCUCAGGGUGAUUGUCCUGGGAGCUCUGCUCAUCUACUGCACCACCCUCGUCAUGUAUGGGAGACCUACAGUCUUUACCUGUACUGCAAGGGUUUGGCUACGGGAGGUCGGGUUCUGCCUCACUUAUGGAGCUCUCAUGUUGAAGACUUGGAGGAUAUCAGUGAUAUUCCAAGUACGGUCAGCAAAGGCAGUGAAGAUAUCGGACAUGUACCUUCUUCGUCGGAUCGGAGUGAUUGUAGGCGUGGCGUGUGUGUUGCUGGCCAUACGCACGCUGGUGGCGCCACCUGCUGUCAUAGUUGGAAGAACUAAAGAUGAUCUGAAGGCGUAUUUGUGUAACACUGACUGGUGGGACCAUUCUUUUACUACGUUGGAAGUAAUAUUCCUGGUGUGGGGCAUUAGACUCUGCAUCAUGGUGCGGAAAGCGCCCUCCGAGUUCAACGAGAGCCGCUUCAUCUCCAUGGCGAUAUACAACGAAUUCCUUCUCUCUGUCUUCCUUAAUAUAUCCAUGUUAUUCCUCCAGUCCCCUGCAAACCCGGACCUCCUGUAUAUAAUAUUCUUCUGCCACACGCAGCUGACUGUGACUCUUCUGUUGUGCUUCAUCUUUGGGAGCAAGGCCUACAUGGUCUAUAAAGGUCAUGGGAAGGACGAGCGAGAGAAGACUGGCAAGUUUAGGUCGAGGCCUGCAGAGUCUACAUACACCAUGACCACCAACCGGAGUGCCAGAUUCUGUGAUAAUAUGACUGAGAGGGAACUCGAGGAGGAGUUCAGAAAAAUCUGUAACCAGUUAGAGAAACUUCGUGAGCGAUGUGGUGCUGGAGCAGCGAUCUCACGGAGGAUAGGUGCCAUGCAGGAUGCUGCAGCAGUUUAUGAUAGAAAGCCUCCCACGUCCGACCACUCAGCGCCUUUGAAACUGAACACAGUCUUCAGUGCUGUAGCGGAUAGGUUAAUGUGUACUGUUACCCCAGCAGAAGAAUCCUCAAGUAGUGGUAGGGACUUACCCUUCGAGGCACCACCAGCCUACAAGCACAAGACGUUCAGUCCAACUAAAAGCGCAGAGAACAGCAACGCAGAACAAAGCCAGACAGACGUCACGACUGAUUCUCCUAAUAAAAAACGCACAGAACUCAACGAAGAACCAAAAGAAGAUAAACAGAAUGGAGUGUUCAAAAUAUCCGGUGAAGCUAAUUGUAGUGAUAUCCGACCGCCAGAAGUAAGUCGUAAUGGUUAUAAUAAUAAGAGUGAGAAAUCAAGUGAACUAAAAUCAAGUCCAAGUAGUACUGACACCGUGAAAGGUGUUAGAUCAGGACACGCAAGGACUCACGCUAUAGUUAUUAACUUAGAUGAUAAGAGUCGCUUUACUGAAGAGGUCACUGUCUAAAUAAAGACUGUACUUAUAAUUUCGUUAGGGUAGGUAAGGAUGUACCAAAGAUUGACAACAGUUUAAAAGUAUCUUUAUUACGUACGCACUACAAAUUAAUUCCGCUAUAUUCUCAUGUUGCUGUAACCCUUUGUAAUAAGCUCUUAAAUAAACAAGCGCGUUCACCUGAAAAUGCUUUUGCGUAGAAUGUUCUCGUAGAUUUACCGCAACGUUUCAAUGGGAUUAUGCUAGAAACUAACCCACUCUAUACACUGUAGGUACCUUGUGAGUUAACAAUAUUGGAUUUCAACACUGUUAUAAUACCCGAAGUGAAGGGAAAUUACAAUCGUGUUACACAGUGUAAUCGAUAGCAGCUUUGUUCAAAAUAUUACAGACAUUAGUUUAUUCAAUUCAAUUAUUUUAACAGUGCAAUUUCUGCAUUGGACUACGAUUAGGUUAACCGUUCAAUUUCAAUUUCAUUGAUAUCUCACAAUUGGAACUGAAACCGAAUUGUCAUCAUUGUUGAUACAAAUCGCAAUGAAAAUAAAGAUUUCCCUUCUGCCUGCAAUCUUGAACUGCAGUGAUUCCGGUGUUUCGUGACUCGGGACUGUAAAUAAAAGUCUUGAAGCGUUCGCGAUAAAAGAACAACAAUUUAUGUGAUUGGCAUUGAGAUACUACAUAGAUAGAAACUUUCGUUCAAAUCUUCAUUGUUUUGACUGUUCAU